UAAACCUCCACCCACCGAGUCACCACCUCCACACAAACCUAAGAAAUCACGUCCGCGUCUCCUGCUGCUGUUCCUGUGAGAUGUUCUCCUCCCCGGCGGAGCAAAGUCCUGCAGGAGCCGCUCAUCGUCCUCCCUUCCGCUGUGUGACCCACUGAUCCAAAACUUGGUACAUUUAAAAAUCAUCAAAUCAAGACUUGGGGACAUUUUACGCAGCGACGCUGGGUCCGAUGGCGCCGUGGAUAAUACUUGUGUUUUCUUUAUGUGGACUUCUCCAGGGACAAGAGACUCAGUCUCCCACUGUGCAAGAAUGCUGUCAGGACGGGAGGGAUGCAGCCCACAGAGGACAAGACUGUUCCGUCCUCACACCACUCUCACACGCCCACACCUGCAGGAUUGUCCAAGAGCAGUGUUGUACGGCAGCACUCGCGGAGAAGCUCUGUAGCAGCGGCGUCGAGUUGGCUCGCAGGCAAGGAGCCUGUGACGUGUCUGCGUCCUCGGAAUCUCACAUCUCAAAGAUGUGUUGUGACUGCUGUUUGCUCGGCCUGUCAUCAGGCCCGGCUUUGAAGUGUAACCUUCAGGGUCUGUUGGUGGGGACACAGUGCGCACAAACAGCUGCAGCCUGCUGCAGCCAAAACACAAAAGCAGAGGUGCCAACACAGAAUUCUAAAGACUCCUCCUGCUCCCAGCUGCACACCGACGACGGCUCAUGUGGCUGCCGAGAUGGUUUUCAACUGCAGAGUGAUGGAGUGACAUGUGAAGAUAUAAACGAGUGUCUGACGGGCAGCCCCAACUGCAUGUCCGGUCAAACGUGCAUCAACACAGAAGGCUCCUUUCGCUGUCAGAGGCAAACUGGCUGUGGCACAGGGUAUGAACUCAAGGACAACAACAGCUGUGAAGACCUGGACGAGUGUGCUUUGGGGACCCACAACUGUGGUCCACAGUUUACGUGCACCAACACAGCCGGCUCGUUCCGCUGCCGCCCGAAAGAGAAGUGCUCUGUAGGUUUAAUUCAGGACGCUGCCGGCACAUGCAUCGAUAUAAAUGAGUGUGUGGCCAAUGACAGUCCAUGCCCGUCUGGCCACACGUGUGUCAACAUGGUGGGCUCCUAUGUCUGUCGCCGGAACAUCGUCACCUGUGGAAGAGGCUAUCAUCUAACUGAGGAGGGCACACGCUGUGAAGACACCGAUGAGUGUCGCACUGGCAACGCUUGUGUCGGCCACGGCUGCACGAACCUUGUGGGAACGUACCGCUGUGAGUGCAGACAUGGCUACACCUUCAACACCAUCAGCAGACUGUGUGAAGACAUUAAUGAAUGCAGGGAGCAUUAUGUAGAGCGACUGUGUGCCCACAAGUGUGAGAACACAGAGGGCUCCUACCAGUGCAGCUGCACCAUUGGCUUCAAACUGUCCCAAGACGGCAAGAGCUGUGAGGAUAUAAAUGAGUGUGAGCAGAACCCUUGUAACCAGGAAUGUGCCAACGUCUACGGCUCCUACCAGUGCUACUGUCGCCGUGGUUACCAGCUGAGCGACAUCGAUGGGAUAACAUGUGACGAUAUUGAUGAGUGUGCUCUGCUCGCUGGAGGUCACGUGUGUUCCUACAGCUGCAAGAACUCCCCAGGAAGCUUCUCCUGUACUUGCCCUCCCACUGGAUACAUACUUGGCCCCAGUGGACGCAUGUGUCAAGACAUCGACGAAUGUGCAAGCGCGAGCCACACCUGCUCUGUAUCUGAGAGCUGCUUCAACGUCCAGGGGGGAUUUCGCUGUCUGUCCUUCCAGUGUCCUCAAAACUUUCGACAAGUAUCGCAGGGCCGUUGCGAGCGCGUGACUUGUGAGUUCGCGCGGGAUCCUGCGUCGUGCCGCUCACUUCCACUGAGAAUCUCCUUCUAUAACAUCAGCUUCCCCACCGACACUCCCGUCCCUGCUGAUAUUUUCCGAAUGGGCCCCGCCAAUUCAAUCCAGGGAGAUGAGAUGCUGUUCAACGUCACGUCAGGAGAUGAAGAGGGUUUCUUUAUCGUGCAGCAGCAGAUCCAUGGAGGCGUGAUCACCCUUCGCCGUGUCUUGUCUGAGCCUCGGGAUUUCCUUCUGACCGUGGAGAUGAGGCUGAUUCGUUAUGGAACCGCACAUCUAUACAUGGCCAAGAUUGCUGUUUUUGUCACACAUGAGCAACCCAUGCGAACCUCCAGGAAACCGCCACAUUUGAAGUCUAGUCUUUAAGAUGUAAACGUAAAUGUACACUGAAAGUAGAGUGAAUUUGAGUCAUGUAUUUCACAAAUGAGUCAGCGUAGUUUCCUGUUUGAUGUUGUUACCUUGUUGCCCAUUGACCGCUGUUUUGAUCCAGAUGAAAAGACAUUUCAUUAGAAUAAUAUGUGGAUUAUUAAGAGCGGGAAAAGCUUUUGUGCUGAACAAAACCCAGAUUUUCCCUUUAAGAUAUUAGAAAUAUAUGGAGCCCCUCACAUGACAUGGGAAAGAAAAUAAUUGAUUUGUGGCCGCAAAUUACUAAUUUGUUCCCACGAAAUAGAUAAAAUGUGUGCACGCAUAGUAUUAAUAACAUUCUCAUGAAUUAAAGCGACCAAAGAGGGCUGAAGCUUUGGGAUGGACAGAGAUAGUGUGAUUUGUUUUAGGUUAGGAAUGAGUUACAAAGAUAUUCUCAAAAGCCUGGUACUGCAAGUGUUGUGCCAAGGUCGUUAUCUUUUAUUUGUAUCCCUUGCUGCGGGAUGAAUUCAGCUAGGCGGAGGCGGGGUUAAGUUGCUACCUGUAAAGUAACCUGGCUCUUAAUAUUCUGCCCUCUUUGCUUUCAGCCCUCUUUUACAUAUUUUGUGGACACAAAUUAAUAUUCAUGGGCAUGUUUUACCCAUUUCGUGGGAAGAAAUUAGUAUCUCGUGGCCAGAAAUAAAUUUUUCAUGUGCACAUUUGGCCUAUUUCGUGGGAAGGAGUUAGUAUUUCAUGCGCACAUUUGACCUAUUUCGUGGGAAGGAAUUAGUAUUUCGUGGCCACAAAUUAGUAUUUCAUGCGCACAUUUGACCUUUUUCGUGGGAAGGAAUUAGUAUUUCAUGGCCACAAAUUAGUAUUCCGUAGCCACAAAUUAGUAUUUCAUGUGCACAUUUUUACCUAUUUGUGGGAAGGAGUUAGUAUUUUGUGGGAAGGAAUUAGUAUUUAAUGCGCACAAUUUACCUAUUUCUUGGGAAGGAAUUAGUAUUUCAUGGCCACAAAUUAGUAUUUCAUGCGCAGAUUUGACCUAUUUUGUGGGAAAAAAUUGGUAUUUCGUGGGAAGGAAUUAGUACUUUGUGGCCACAAAUUAGUAUUUUGUGGCCACGUUUUACCUAUUUUGUUGGAACAAAUUAGUAUUUUGUGGCCACAAAUUAAUAUUUUGUGCGCCUAAAUUAAUAUUAUAAUAAAAAAAAAUCCCAUUUCAUGUCUGGGGCUGCGUAGAAAUACACUUACACGAGAAGACAAAUACCACUGUCAUGCCUGUAUGACAGCAACAAGGUAAUAAGUUCAUUAAAUUCAGUUGUUAUGACUGCUCUUGAUGCCUUUAUGUUAUUUAUUCCAGGAUAUGGUAUAGCUGCAGGUAUAUCAGGACAUUCCUCUCACCACUAGAUGGGGCUCAUUGGCUGUCAUAGAUCUCUACAAUGUUCUGACACUAAUGCCCUCAUAUGCAUUAACUGCUGAUGGCAGGCAGCUCAGUCUACCUCAUGUCUCUGUUGCAGCUUCCAUUUAUUUGUACUUUCUGUGUGUUUGAGAAUAAAAAAGUGACAGAUUUAAAGAGAAAA